AUGCGUGUCCCAGCUCCUCUUUCACUUGUAGCUCUCGGCCUGGUCGGUUCGACUGUCGCGCACCCCUUGGUCGACCAUGAAGAAGUCCUGGGUCGCAAAUCUGACUCCCAGAAGAAAGCUGAGGCCGUCAAGGAGGCUUUCCAGCAUGCUUGGGAUGGAUAUAUGAAAUAUGCAUAUCCUCAUGAUGAACUUCACCCCGUAAGCAAUGGCUAUGGGGAUUCGAGAAACGGGUGGGGUGCUUCGGCGGUGGAUGCAUUGUCCACUGCCAUCAUCAUGGGCAAAACCGAUGUAGUCAACACAAUCCUGGACCACGUUUCAAAGAUUGAUUACAGUCAGACCGACUCAGAGGUCAGUCUGUUUGAGACCACCAUUCGCUACCUCGGAGGCAUGCUCUCAGGAUACGACUUGCUCAAGGGCCCCGCUGCACGCAUGGCUCACAAUCCAGACCUUGUGGACACUCUCCUGGUCCAGGCCAAAAAUCUGGGAGACGUUCUCAAAUUUGCAUUCAAUACGGGAUCAGGAGUUCCCUACAACAACAUCAACAUCACUUCCAAGGGCAAUGAUGGCUCAACCGCCAAUGGACUAGCGGUCACGGGAACAUUAGUCCUGGAAUGGACCCGUCUCUCUGAUUUGACCGGAGAUGACGAGUAUGCUUCUCUGAGCCAAAAGGCCGAGUCUUACCUACUAAACCCCAAGCCAUCAAGCGCGGAGCCGUUCCCGGGUCUCGUGGGGAGCAAUAUCGAUAUUGCCACCGGUAAAUUUACCGAUGGUUAUGUCUCCUGGGAUGGCGGUGAUGACUCAUUCUACGAGUACCUUAUCAAGAUGUUUGUCUAUGACCCGACACGAUUUGCCUUGUACAAAGAUCGCUGGGUCUUGGCCGCUGAAUCAACAAUUGAGCAUUUACAGGCCCACCCAGAGCCUCGCCCGGAUUUGACUUGGCUGGCGUCAUAUGACAGUGGACGUUAUUCAUUGAACUCGCAGCACUUGACUUGCUUCGAUGGUGGAAGCUUUUUGCUGGGGGGCACUGUCUUGAACCGCCAAGAUUUUAUCGACUUCGGUUUGGAGCUUGUGCACGGAUGUGAAGCCACCUAUAACUCAACUCUGACCAAAAUUGGGCCCGAUUCUUGGGGCUGGGACCCCAAGCAGGUUCCCAAUGAUCAGAAAGAAUUUUAUGAAAAGGCUGGCUUCUAUAUCACUAGUGGUGCCUAUAUUCUGCGUCCAGAAGUGAUUGAAAGCUUCUACUACGCAUACCGCGUCACCGGCAAGGAAAUUUACCGCGACUGGGCAUGGAACGCUUUCGUUGCCAUCAAUGCCACUGCCCGUACAGAUUCCGGCUUCGCCGCCUUGUCCGAUGUGAAUGCUCCCAAUGGUGGCUCCAAGUACGACAACCAGGAGAGCUUCCUCUUUGCCGAGGUCAUGAAGUAUUCAUACAUCAUUCAUGCUGAAGACGCCGAGUGGCAGGUUCAGACUGGAGGCAAGAACAGUUUCGUUUUCAACACCGAGGCACAUCCCGUGCGUGUGCAGCACACCUAG